AUGGACGCUGAUGAAGGCCAGGUCCUCAACUACUGCAAGCUCGCCCAGGCCGCCUAUGACGCCUACGACAGCCACAAUGGCACCAGCCGCUAUCCCCUCACCGACCUGCUGCCCGCCCUCGGCCUCGGCGGCAACGGCUACGUCGCCACCUCGUUCCUCUACGCUACCGUCAACAUCCUCACCGGCGACGGCGGCGGCGUAAACGAAGAAAACGAUUGCCCACACAAGCAGCACUGGAUCGGCUACGUCGCCGUCGCUACCGACGCCGAGCGCGACCGCGUCGGCUACCGGGACAUCGCGGUCGUGUGGCGCGGCACGUCGACGCUGGACGAGCUGUUGAAGGACUUGCAGGCGGUCCUCGUUCCGAUCCAUGGCGGCGGGCAGGGGCAGCAAGCUCGUCGUCCUGAGGUUCAGGUGGAGAGAGGGUUCGAGAGCUUGUACACGUCCAGCUGCGACGCCUGCAACAUGCGUACUAGCGCGCGCAGCCAGGUCCUCGCCGAGCUCAGCCGCCUGGUAACGUACCUGAGAAACAGGUACCCCGGCGAAGGCAUCCGCGUGACAGCCACCGGUCACUGCCUCGGCGGCGCGCUGGCCCUGCUCACCGCCGCGUGGGACGCCGCCGACCCCGCGGCGGCGCUGCCCGGCGGGGUGGUCGUCAGAGCCGUGACAUUUGCGGCCCCCCGCGUAGGCAACCAGGCGUUCUGCGACGAGCUCGUCGCCGGGAAACGCCGCGUCUCGGUGCAGCGCGUCAUCGUCGACCGGGACGUCGUGCCGACGCUGCCGCCGACUUUCUUUGGGUACGCGGACGCCGGCAACAACGUGCGCCUGCUUAACGCAGGACAUGUUCCUCUGCCGUUCCUUACCUUGCUCGUCCCAUGGCAUUUCCACGGCAUCAAGCAAUACCUGCGCCUCCUAGACCCGACGCCGGUGCUGCUGCCGCCGGCGGUGCCAGCGCCAGUGCCGGUUGCAAAGGGCUCUUUGCCGACUGCAUUUUUUGGGCAGGUGGCAAAGCUGGAAUAA